AUUUUUGUGGCCUUGAGAGAAAGCGAUAAUUGGCAUCCUUGGGAGAAUUGCCCAGAGCGAGCACUUGACUCGCGCGUGGGGAGUCUAGAAACAUGCCAAAAUCAGAGAAACACAAGGCUGCGGCGCAAGCGUCCCCUUCAACAACAGCUACCAGUAGACUGGCAGCCGGAGAUGAAGCAGUCGAUCCUGCGCUUGCUUCUCUAUUUGCUUCAAGUUCUGGACCAGUCAAGGUACCGCGGCGGGUUGUGAGCUUAGCACAAGCUGCUCCUUCACAAGUACCGCAUGGGCUCGAAGACAAAACAUCGUCUUCCGGAUCCGACUCCUCUGAAGAAAGUGACAGUGAGAAUGACUUGCAAGCCUCACACGGGCCCUCUGAAGACGAGACAUCGACGUCUGAGCAGGAAGCUAAAGCCCCCGUCUCGAGACCUCGGAAGCGCAAACGAGCCACCGAUGAGGAUGAUCUGGAGCAAGCGUAUUUCAAGCGGCUAGAGUUAGAAGAGGAGAGGGAGAACCGCAAGAGAGAAUCGGGCCAGAGGGUCGAUGGCGCCAAAGGAAGUUCGGGCGAAGACGACGACACAUCCUCCUCGGACUCUGACGACAGCUCGCUCAGCGAACCCUCCGAGGUCGAAGUUCCCCUGAAACAUGAAAUCUUUGACAAGAAAAUGAAGGAUCAAGACAAAUUGAACAGAACCGUGUUUCUGGGGAAUGUCUCCACUGAAGCCAUCAAGUCCAAGACGGCAAAAAGAGCAUUGACCAGACAUCUACGCUCCGUGUUGAAGACACCACUUGACGGGAAGAGACCAGGAAAACUCGAGUCGGUCCGUUUCCGCUCCACCGCCUACGCAUCCGGUCAGGGUCCUAAGAAAGCUACAUACGCCAAAAAGGAACUCCUGGACGCGACCACGAUCAGCACGAACGCGUACGCAGUCUUCACCACUGACGUUGCCGCGGAGCGAGUGGCGGAGAAGCUCAAUGGUACCAUUGUGCUCGACCGGCACUUAAGAGUCGACUACCUCGCCAAUCCCUCGGCGAUUGACCACAAACGUUGCGUGUUCAUCGGGAAUUUGAGUUUCGUCAACGAAGAGGCGCCCUCGGGUGGUGGUGCAGAUGACGAGGCGGAGGGUCUCCCGAAGAAACGACGGCCGACGGCCAAAGAGCCCGCAGACGCCGAAGAAGGCCUGUGGCGAACGUUCAGCAAAGUCGGAAAGGUCGAAAGCGUGCGUGUGGUCCGAGACCAAGAGACGCGUGUGGGCAAGGGGUUCGCGUACGUGCAAUUCAAGGAUGAGAACGGGGUGGAGGCCGCCCUGCUCAUGAACGACAAGAAAUUCCCGCCGAUGCUGCCGAGGAAACUUCGGGUCAUGCGCGCCAGGAAGAUGAACAUCAAGCGUCCGACGUUCGCCUCAAGAGGAGACCCCGCCCAUGGCAGGAGGAAUGGAGGGCGCAUGAACGGCACAGUUGCUGCGGCGGGAGGGCAAGACGGGAGGCCGAAGCGACCCUUGAUCUUCGAAGGCCACCGUGCCACAAGCACGAGCACCAAUGCCAAAGGAAAAGGAAGUGGACUGGGCAGUUUAAAGAGGAACCGGGAUCGAAAGAGGAAAAGACCAGAUUCGAAGAGUGCCCAGAGAAGUGCCCAAUACAAGGCGGCCAGGGCGAGGAAACAAAAACUAGGAGGGAAAUGAACCCCUACGGCCAGGCCUCGGGAUGGAUGGGAAAGGGAAUAUUCUGUCAUGAAGAUAGGUAUUAUGAAUACAUCCACAUGACUGAUUGAGUCCAAUUCAAACUUGUUUGGAACUCGGGCUCAAUCCUCCUCCGCCUUCAAUGCCAACGUGCUAGGCUCUGAACCAUAUUCCCGUGCUGAGAAGGGACCGGUCGACUGCGGAGGAUGAACACAGACCACACGGAGUUUCUGAUAACAGCUACACUCUGCUUGCGCAGCGAGGGCUCUUCCAAGUAGGUAGCACCAUGUCGAGUUGCCAUUGUUACCUGCACUGUCU